UCAUGCCUGAACCACCAAAAUCCGCCCCCAAGAAGGGUUCCAAGAAAGCCGUCGUCAAGUCCACCAGCAAGACCGGCAAGAAGAGACGAAAGACCAGGAAGGAGAGUUAUGCUAUCUACGUGUACAAAGUCCUGAAACAGGUUCAUCCCGACACCGGGAUCUCCUCCAAGGCCAUGGGUAUCAUGAACUCCUUCGUGAGUGACAUCUUUGAGCGUAUCGCCGGGGAGGCUUCCCGUCUGGCUCAUUACAACAAGCGCUCCACCAUCACCUCCAGGGAGAUCCAGACCGCUGUCCGCCUGCUGCUGCCCGGAGAGCUGGCUAAGCACGCCGUGUCUGAGGGCACCAAGGCCGUCACUAAGUACACCAGCUCCAAGUAAACCUGCUGAUUUAUCAGCCAAAAAAACGGUCCUUUUAAGGGCCACCCACCUUGUCAACUAGGCGCAAUAAUCCUGAAAGUGUUUAAAAGAUUUAUUUUCCAAUAGUUUAUUCAUCAAUGACUAAUUAUUUUAAGACUAUGAAAACUUUCUGUAUUAAAAAAGAGAUGUAUGUUAAGUUCCCGGGCAAAUUCCGUUUCUCUCUCACUGAGGUUUUGGAUAACAUUAAAUUACUAAAACUCA